AACAACUCAACAGGUCAUCUGUGUGAUGACGUCAGGAAACGAAAACAGGAAAUUCUGUAGAAACGAAAAGUUCGAGACGAUUUCCAGACAAAGGUGGUAUUAUAUAAGAAUAAUAUCUGCUUUCACAUGUGUACAGUCAGUACUUUAAUGCCGUUGUAGCUGAGGAGGACGAUCGCUGCUGUUUUGAUGGCUUGCUUUGACAGCAGUAAGGGGAGUUUGGAGGAGGACAGCUAUGAAGGAGCUGUCGGUGGAGAGCUGUCCGGCUGUGCGUUGGCGAUGCUGGAAAGGGAACGGGAAUCCCUCCUCAGCCCUUCAGAGAGCCCCGGCACCUUCAUGAGCGGCACCUCCACCUCCGCUGGCCUACAGGCCGCUGUCCCCCCCCAGGGCUACGACGUGGACUUUGAUCCCCCCCUAGAGAGUAAAUACGAGUGCCCUAUCUGCCUCAUGGCUUUGAGGAACGCCAUUCAAACGCCCUGCGGUCACCGAUUCUGCAAGAACUGCAUCGAGAAGUCUAUUCGUGGUACAGGACAGAAAUGCCCUGUGGACAACGAAAGGCUGUUAGAAGACCAGUUGUUUCCAGAUAACUUCGCCAAACGGGAGAUUCUGUCGCUAACUGUUCGCUGUCAAAACAAAGACUGUGCUGAGAAAAUGGAGCUCCGACAUUUAGAGAAUCAUCUGGCUCAGUGUCAGUUUGCCACCGUGCUGUGCCUACAGUGCAAGGAGCCUGUGAGAAAGAGCCACGUAGAGGAGCACACAACUGUCGAGUGCCAACGGAGACCCGUGUCAUGUCCAGAUUGUGUGGCGAGCUUUGUUUAUGAGGAGAGAGAGCUUCAUGAGCAGCAGUGUCCCUUCGCCAAUGUCAAGUGCCAGUACUGUGAGAUUGAUCUCGUCAGAGACCAGAUGGAAUCUCAUUGUGAUAUAGAUUGCCCAAAAGCACCCAUCGCCUGUAACUUCAGCACCUUUGGAUGUAAGGAAAGGAUGCAGCGCCACAACCUGGCUCAGCACAUGCAGGAGUUCACACAGAGUCACAUGCGCUACAUGGCCGAGUUCGUGCGUGGCCUCAGCCUCAACGGCACCUCACCCAAAUCCCUGUGGGCGCUAGGACCCUCCGUGUCCUCCGAGGAUCAAGGAGCUGCGGCGUCGUCGUCGGCCUGUAGCGGGCCCAGAGGAGCUGCGAGCUGCAGCAGCAGCUGUGCCCCGGGUCAGCCCAAUGAGGCGAUGCAGAGUAUCAGGGAGAUGGACAGACGGCUGGUACACCAGGAUCACCAGCUGCGUGAGCUCAUCAUCUUAAAAGAAACACAGGCCGGCCAGCUCGCAGAGAUCCGGCGUAAAGUGUCGAUGCUGGAGGAGACCGUGAAGGACCUGGAGUCCCAGCAGUGUCACGGCAUCUUCAUCUGGCGCCUCAAAGGUUUCUCUGCCCACGUGCGGAGCCAAGAAGCGGGCCUGCCGGUGGUCGAGCACAGCCCCGGCUUCUACACGGGCCGUCCGGGCUACAAGCUGUGCCUGCGCCUCCACCUGCAGACCCCCAACGCCCCGCGCUGCUCCAACUUCAUCUCCCUCUUCGUCCACACCAUGCAAGGAGUUUUCGACGGGCAGCUGACCUGGCCGUUCCAGGGCACCAUCCGCCUCGCCAUCCUGGACCAGGGCCCCGAGGGUCAGCACCACAUGGAGCUGAUGGAGACUAAACCAGACCUGCAGGCCUUCCAGAAGCCCACCAUCCAGCGCAACCCCAAAGGGUUCGGCUACGUCACCUUCUUGCACCUGCAUCAGCUGACUCAGAGAACCUUUGUGAAAGACGACACUCUGCUCAUCCGCUGCGAGGUGACGCCGCGCUUUGACAAUAUGUUUCACCGUGAGGGACCGGCAGUGCAGCCGCGAGGACCCGAGGCCUCAGUUUCGAGGGACUAAAAGUCAAACUUGUAUCUCGUAUCUCGUAUCUCGUAUCUCGUAUCUCGUAUCUCGUAUCUCGUACCUCGUAUCUCGUAUCACGUAUCUCGUAUCGUGCUGAGAUGUCAGCACAGUGAACCUCCCAGUGUUUGAAUACUGCUCAGUUAAUUUUAAUGAAUGGACAUCAGGAGGAGGAAAAUUGAUGUUCACACCCAUUUAAAAUUUGGACAGUGCAAGUAUGCUAGUAUUUAUGUGUUUAACAACUUUUAAAUGUCAGUGUGAUUUUAGUUUUAAUAAUAAAUAAACUGGGGAAAAAAAGUUGGGAAACUUGUGUUUGGUGGAUUAUUUCUCUGUUGUUACAAUGCUA